CUUUCCCUCUUAAUUAGUAGUAACUUGAAUCACCAUAGAAAAAAAGAAAGUAUUGAUUUGAUUUAUAGUAGUACAUGGAGACAGCUUAGCUUGUUUUCUCUGUGGAAAGGGGAGCAGAGUGUUUGGGUUCGGCCCAUGUUCCAAAGAAUCAUCCACUUAUUAUACAGCUUUUAAACACUGUCAUCUUUAUUCACAAAAUUAUCUGCUAUUGUGGGGACACCUCUGCAUGUGCUCCAGCUCCUUUCUCUAUGCUAUUUGCAUUUGCAUUUGCUUUACACUUCAGUUUUCGUCCCUUUUCGACUCCAAUGGUCCUCACCAAAACCUACCAGAAAAUAUCGCAGUGAAAAUCUGGUCAGGCAUAUUCCUCUCUCCCCUUUUCUUCAUCUUUCGCCAUUGACAAAGAAAGCCCUUAGCUUCUGCAAAUUUCAUUCAAAUGAAGCCCAGUUCAGGGCUAAAGAUUCAGUCUUUGGAAUCUCUCUUACAUGGGUUGCUGCUGUUAUCCGCAUUUCUGUCUGUGAAAUCACAGACCAGCUCAGACGAUGCUGCCGCCAUGCUUGCGCUCAAGAAAAGCCUAAACCCACCACCGGAUCAGCUCUCUUGGUCCGACCCGGAUCCGUGUAAGUGGGACCGGGUCGUCUGCGUCCAGAACCGGGUGAAACGGAUUCAAAUCGGCCACCAAAAUCUUGCAGGUACGCUCCCUCAGCAACUCUCUGCUUUGGCUGAACUCGAGCGUUUAGAGCUGCAAUGGAACAAUAUUUCUGGCCCUUUACCAACUUUGAAAGGCUUGAAUUCUUUGCAAGUUCUGAUGCUUAGCAACAAUCACUUCACAUCUAUCCCUGCUGAUUUCUUUGAGGGCAUGUCGUCUUUGCUAUCUCUUGAGAUUGAUAACAACCCCUUUUCUGCUUGGGAAAUUCCUGAUAGCCUUAGAAAUGCUUCCACUCUUACCAAUUUCUCAGCUAAUUCCGCCAAUAUUAGUGGAAAAAUCCCAUCUUUUUUUGGCCCUGAUGCGUUUCCUGGCUUGAUUAAUCUGCAUUUGGCUCUUAAUAACUUGGAGGGCGAGCUGCCGGCGUCCUUUUCGGGCUCUCAGAUUGAGUCUUUGUGGCUGAAUGGGCAGAAACUUAGUGGGGGGAUUGAUGCGAUGCAGAACAUGACAUUCUUGAAGGAGGUUUGGUUGCAUGGGAAUGGAUUCUUAGGUCCAUUGCCUGAGUUUUCCGAGUUAAGGAAUUUGGAGACGUUGAGUUUGAGAGAUAACUCCUUUACUGGGCCUGUUCCCGUGUCUUUGGUGAAUCUUGAAUCCUUAAAAGUUGUUAAUUUGACAAAUAAUUUGUUGCAAGGGCCAAUGCCUAAGUUUAAGGAUUCUGUUGCGGUUGACAUGACUUCGAAUACCAAUAGUUUCUGCUUGCCCCAGCCUGGUGAUUGUGAUCCUAGAGUUGAUGCAUUGCUCUCAAUCGUGAAGUUGAUGAAUUACCAUAGAAAGUUUGCUGAGAAUUGGAAGGGGAAUGAUCCAUGUGUUGAUUGGUUUGGGAUCAAUUGCAACAAAGGGAAUAUCACCAUUGUUAACUUUGAGAACAUGGGCCUUGCAGGCACCAUUUCUCCUGCUUUUGCUUCGCUUAAAUCACUGCAAAGGUUGGUUCUUGCCAACAAUAAUCUUACUGGCACGAUCCCUGAGGAGCUCGCGUCUCUGCCUUCCCUUGCUGAGUUGGAUGUGUCGAACAACGACCUUUAUGGAAAACUACCCUCUUUCAGAAGUAACACGAUUGUUAAAACCGGUGGGAAUCCUGAUAUUGGGAAGGAUAGAGUUGAUUCGGACGCCUCUGGCACGUCUUCUUCGGGCGCAGCUAGUCCGGGUUCGGAUAAUGAUCCACAAAAGAAUAAUGGCAAGUCUAAAAGUGUUGUAGGAGUAGUUGUAUUUUCUGUAGUUGGAGGUUUGUUUGUGCUUUGUUUGAUUGGGGUGGCUGCUUUCUGUUUGUACAAGAGCAAGCAGAAGCGUUUCAGCCGAGUCCAAAGCCCGAACGCAAUGGUGGUUCAUCCUCGCCAUUCUGGAUCAGACAACGAGAGUGUGAAGAUCACGGUUGCAGGAUCAAGUGUCAGCGUUGGUGCUGUGAGUGAAGCACAUACCGUCUCAGCCAAUGAGACGAACGACAUUCAAAUGGUCGAAGCCGGAAACAUGGUGAUCUCUAUCCAAGUAUUGAGAAGCGUGACUAAUAAUUUUAGCGAAGACAACAUACUAGGACGGGGAGGUUUUGGUACAGUCUAUAAAGGCGAGCUGCAUGAUGGGACAAAGAUUGCAGUGAAGAGAAUGGAGUGUGGAGUGAUCGCAGGGAAAGGGAUUGCUGAGUUCAAGUCUGAGAUUGCUGUUUUGACAAAGGUUCGACAUAGGCAUCUAGUUGCUCUUCUCGGUUACUGUCUCGAUGGAAAUGAGAAACUCCUUGUGUACGAGUACAUGCCCCAAGGGCCUCUGAGCAGCCAUCUUUUCAACUGGGCCGAUGAGGGCUUGCAGCCAUUGGAGUGGAAGAGAAGGUUGACGAUUGCCUUGGAUGUUGCUCGGGGCGUAGAAUACCUCCAUGGAUUGGCCCACCAAAGCUUUAUUCACAGGGACCUUAAACCUUCCAAUAUUCUUCUUGGGGAUGAUAUGAGGGCCAAGGUUGCAGAUUUUGGCCUUGUGCGCCUCGCUCCAGAAGGGAAAGCCUCCAUUGAAACGAGAAUAGCUGGAACGUUCGGGUACCUAGCACCAGAAUAUGCAGUGACGGGGAGAGUGACAACGAAAGUCGAUGUGUUCAGCUUUGGUGUGAUCUUGAUGGAGAUGAUCACAGGAAGGAAGGCGCUGGACGAGAGCCAGCCAGAGGAGAGCAUGCACCUCGUGACGUGGUUCAGAAGAAUGCACCUCAACAAGGACACCUUCCGUAAGGCCAUUGAUCCAACCAUUGACCUUGAUGAAGAAACCGUGGGCAACAUCAGCACCGUUGCUGAGCUGGCCGGCCACUGCUGCGCGAGGGAGCCGUACCAGAGGCCUGACAUGGGCCACGCUGUGAACGUGCUCUCAUCCCUGGUGGAGCAGUGGAAGCCGACCGAUCAGAGUUCUGAUGACAUGUACGGUAUUGAUCUUGAGAUGUCGUUGCCUCAGGCGCUGAAGAAGUGGCAGGCAUUCGAAGGCACGAGCCACAUGGACUCGUCGUCCUCGUCUUAUCUUCCUAGCUUGGACAACACUCAGACGAGCAUCCCGACACGGCCGUUUGGAUUUGCUGAGUCUUUCACAUCGUGUGAUGGCAGGUGAUGAAGAAGAUUGAGAUGCAACUAAUUUUACAUGUUUAUUCUGUGCUCUUUCCCCCUCAGUCAGUAUAACUUAGUUCUCAUGUCUGUUACCAUUCAUCGUGUUUCCCUUUUUCUCUUUUUCUUAUAAACUUUAUUUGCAUGUGAAGAUUAUUAGUACAUUUUAAGUGUUGAAGAUUCAAGAGUGGCAAUGAAGGCACACUGAAAUUGUAGUAGUUUUUUGUUGCUUGAUCUCUGCACCAGAUUUAAACUGGUUGGGUUAUCUUGGUGGAGAUGAAGCUAGAUUUCAGUGUGAUGUGAUUUAUUUAUUGGUAUAUUAGUAAGAUUCUGGUUGUAAAUUGAUGGAAGCUCCGACAUUGAUUCGUUUCUCAAUCAAAAAGUGUUAGCACUC